AUGUUUGAGGACCAGCCUGAAAGAGCUCUUGAAACUUGCCCAUCUGCUGAGACCGAGGCAGAUGAUCCCAGCCACCUCCAAGUCACUCUCAAGAGUCAUCAGAAGCAUGCCCUCGCUUGGCUGUCAUGGAGAGAGGCACAAAAAAAUCCAUGUGGAGGAAUUCUUGUUGAUAAGACGCGGCUUGGGUAUAUCCAGACCAUGAUCUCACUGGUACUCCUGAAGAAACAGGAGGCACAUAAAGAAUCAGAAAACCCUUGCACCCUAGUGAUAUGCCCAGCAUCCAACAUGGACCAGUGGGCCAAGGAGGUUGAACGUUUUUGCGAGCCUGGCCAACUAAAAGUCUACCUGUACCGUGGAACAAAUCGGGAAAUCAGCCCAGAGAAACUGGCCAAGUAUGACAUGGUCUUCGCGAGCUAUAACCAGGUUAGGAGCGAUCUUAAACCACUUCUGAAGGAUGACAAGGGAGUGAAAGCGUUGAAGGAUGAUGAAGCAUCAACUGGUAGCAAAAAUCAACCAGCCUUUCUGCGUGAGUCCUGGGAUCGCAUCAUCUUGGAUGAAGCGCAUAACAUCAAGAACCAUAUACGCCAGACGGCCAUUACGAUCUGUCAGCUGAAGGCCACGGCACGAUGGGCUGUAACAGGCUACCCUAUCCAGAACAACACCAUGGAAUUGUUCUCACUCAUCAGAUUCUUGAGAUGUACACCAUUUGAUGAAUAUCAGGUGUGGAAGAGACAAGUAGAGAAUGCAGGAUCGACCAAAUUAGCGACACUUCGAAUCCUGGUCAAGAGUUUAGUCUUACAGAGAACCAAGUCUAGCAGUGGGAAUCCAAUCGCUUCUCUGCCGAAGAAGAAGAAGAAGAAGAAGAAGAAGAUGAAGAAGGAGAUACACUCAAUAUGUCUGUCGAGUGAAGAGAGAAAUAUCUAUGAUCAGCUCGUCAAACAAUACAGACGCACACCUUACAACCUGGUCAACCAGCUACGCUUGGGACAAUGCUGUGGUCAUCUUAGUUUGCUCAAAGAGCUCCCAGACCAAGAGUCGUGUGAGACGGACGGUAUCAAACUUGGCCCGGGGUCAGGUCAGGUCAAGCCUAAGACGAACUUGUAUCAACACAGCUUCUUAAGUGCAAAGAUCAAGUUUUUGAUUUAUGGACUGAAGAAGAUUCGUGCCGCAGGUCCUGCAGACCGCCCCAUCAAGACCGUCCUUGUCUCCAAGUCGACUAAAAUGCUGGAUGUGGUAGCUAGCCACCUUAAGAAGGCAAAGUUCAAGUACUGGAGUAUCCGAGGUGAUAUCCCUCCAAAGAAACGAUUUAAGGCGAUGAGGAAAUUCAACAACCCCGGGGGUCGCGAGAUCAUGCUGUUGUCGAUGAAGGCCCGUGGGCGCGGCCUGAAGCUCAUCAGGGAUAAUCACAUCGUCUUCCUCGAUAUGCACUGGAAUCCAGUUGUAGAAGACCAAGCCUGUGAUUGGAUCUACAGGCCAGGGCAGACGAGGAGUGUUCACAAGUUUGUCUGCUCCAAUACAAUUGAGGAAAAAGUAUUACAGAGACAGACAGAGAAGCGACAGCUUGCGAAUGAUGUACUCAGAGGAUCCAAGAGUAAGAAGAUGAAGCUUAGGUAGAUCUGAAAUUCGUGUUUGCUGUUCAGGAGGCACAUGAAGCAGAGUGACCCUUGGCCCAGGAGACCUUUGAUCUGGAUGAUCCUUGACUUAGAUUUGACUAUAGCUCAAAUGCUAUUUUUGUUGUAGCAUUUACUGGUAAAGAUAAAAAUGAUGUGUAUAUUAUCUGCUGAGAGUCAGAAGAACAUAAAAUUUAUGUAUGUAUAAUGAUGAAUUAUAUGAAUCUACUUUAUGUAAUGAUAAUACAAAAUAUAUUUGGUGUAGUAGGGUAAUUAGAAGACUCAGAUAUAUAUGAUGAAAAUGAACUAUACAUUACUGCGUACCUAUAAUAAAGAUAACAUUGUCACAUAACUGCAUGAAUUCAAAGUCAUAACCCUACUUCAAAUCAGGUAACAUUGAGGUAUAUGUAUGUACAUGUAUAUAUAUAUGUUGACAUUCUCAAAAAGGUAUUGAAGAGCUACGGUAUAUAACCCUGCUCUGUUGCAUUACUUUUUGAUAAACCAAUAAUUUCUCAGACUGAAGAUUUAAGAUGAGAGCUCUAUGACGUUUGGAAAAUCAUCCUUUGAUAAUAUUACUUGAAGUUUGAAGUUUUUUAGAAACAACAAAAUGUAUGUACAUCAUAAAACAAACAAUGAAAGGCAAAACAAUAAAAUACAAACUGUACAUAAUGUACAAAACAAUGAAUUACUGCAAAAGCUUAAUUAAUGCCUACAUAAAACACAUUUAUACAAAAGUUCAAGUUGUUGCUAAAAGAACACCAAAAGUUAGCACAAUUAAGUGCUAGUCGAGUUACCCCAUAUGACAUCAUCAUGUUGUCAAUUUAAGGAAUACAGUUCAGUAGAUGUUAACCCCUUAGCAACUAGAGAUUUUGUAAAAACAAUAUGAAACAUGCGCUAUUUUUCUAUGCAGAAUCCUAAAGUAGACAUCAUAAGGAUUAUGCACGUAUAACAAUAUCACAGAAGACCCUAGAACAAAUACUAUAGCCAUUGAAAACGGAAGGGCGGUUUCGGGCAGUUUAGUGAGUAAAAAGAGGGGUGGUUUUGGGCGGUUUAGUUGCUAAUGGGUUACAGUCAUUAGAAAAUCCAUAUUUUUCUUUUGAGAAUUCUUUGAUGUUUUAAACCUGGAAGACUUAUUUCAGACUUUUUCAAGAAAGGCCUGUUGCCAUCUGAGAGUAAAGCUUUGGUUUUAUUUGAAUCUUUAUUGUGGAAACACACUACAAAUUGUAAUAAUAUUGAUAAUAGUGGGUUUUUGCAUAGUGCCCAUGUCUGACAGACUUAACACUCCUGGGGAGUGUUUCCCAAAGACUAAAAUCGACUUUAAGUUGAACUUAACUAUGGCAGGCCUUUCAUGCCACUAUAGUUCCUCUAACCAUUCCCGGCAUUUGUUUCUGAAGGGAGGUACAAAUCAUGGGCAAAAAUAAUAUCUAAAGAUCAUAACUGAGAGACCAAUGGUGACAGCAACCAGUGGCAUCAAUGGCCUGCCAUAUUUAAGCCCAACUUAAAGUAGAUCUUAGUCU